CAAAUGUUAGCUGAAACGGAGAAAUUAAAAGAAAUCUAUUUCGUCGAAACUUCAGCCCCAUUUGGAUCUUGGGGAGGAAAGCUUGGGGAAAUGUCAUUUAAUGUAAUGGUAGAAGGAAUCAAGAGCAUGAGUCCGUUUUUGGCGCCAAUACUUGAAAUAACCACCGAGGAUUAUUUAAAAAUGGUUGAUAGCUUUGACGCGGAAACGAAUGAUCAUGAAACAA